AUGAUUUUCAUAUCACGCCACUUUUCUAAUUCUACCUUCUUAUAUACUUUGGUUAUGGUUAUAUUUAUGACUGUUUUUGCUGUCAUCUCUGGUUUUUAUGUUGGAAAUGAAAGCGAUCAUAUGGCGUUGUUGUCCUUCAAGGCAUUGAUCAUUAGUGAUCCAUACGGAGCUCUAAAAUCAUGGAACUCUUCAUCCCAAUUUUGUAAUUGGAGUGGUGUUUCAUGUGGGAAGCGGCAUAAAAGAGUGACUGUGAUACAACUAGCGUCAAAAAACCUACAAGGAUCAUUGUCUUCUUAUGUAGGAAACUUGAGCUUCCUUCAAGUGUUAUCACUUCACAACAACAGCUUUCAAGGAACCAUCCCACAUGAGCUUGGUCGUUUAUCAAGACUACGUUUUCUUAGAUUUUCUCGAAACAAAUUUAACGGAGUCAUUCCUACUAACUUGUCUGGUUGUUAUAAACUUGAAGUUCUACGACUUGAAGUUAAUAAUCUUACUGGAAGCAUACCCUUGGAGUUAAGUUUUCUUUCCAAACUUACUUUACUUAUACUCGAAUCUAAUAACUUAAUUGGAGGAAUCUCUCCAUUCAUAGGGAAUCUUACAUCCAUGGAAGUAUUCUCUAUAGCAAAAAAUCCAUUGGGUGGGAGCCUUCCAGACACCUUAGGCCGCUUGAAAAACUCAUGGUUGUUUUACGCCGGUAGAUGUAACUUACAUGGAACCAUCCCUAACUCCAUUUACAACCUCUCGCUCCUCACUAAUUUUUCUUUAACGGGUAAUCAACUUACGGGCACUCUUUCUCCAACAAUUGGGUCAAUGCUCCCAAAUCUUCGAUACCUGCAACUAAACAGAAAUCAAUUGUCUGGCUUUAUUCCCCCGUCAAUUUCUAAUUGUUCAAAGUUAGAUGAGCUUCAUUUGGGUUUUAAUAACUUUAGUGGAAAGUUAACAGUUGAUUUUGCAAACCUAAAAGAUAUUUCUCAUAUAUAUUUGCAUGCUAACAACUUCAAUGGAGGUGGAGAGGCAGAUGAAAUGAAAUUUAUUGAUUCUUUAAGAAACUGCAGCAAGUUAAAUGUAUUGAGUCUUGCUCAUUGUAACUUUCAAGGAGUGGUCCCUAUAUCAAUAGGUAACCUUUCUCACAAAAUCCAUCAUUUAGAUUUAGGAAAUAAUAAUAUACAUGGAAAACUCCCUUCCAGUAUAGGUAACCUAGUUGGUUUGACCUUAUUAGUUUUUCAAGAUAACCAAUUAACAGGAAGGAUCCCCUCUACCAUUGGCAAGCUUGAAAAGCUACAAGAGGUUUAUCUAUAUAUAAAUCAAAUUUCAGGGCCAAUUCCAUAUGAAAUAGGGAACUUAUCAAUGUUGAAUGAGAUUAGUUUCGGAUCUAACAGAUUGGAAGGAGAUAUCCCACCAACUUUGGGAAAUUGUCAUCAGCUCAAACAAUUGUUCCUCGUGAACAAUAAACUAAGUGGAAAAAUACCCAUACAACUUUUUCAACUUACUUUACUAACAUCAUUAUAUCUUUCAAGUAAUAGUCUCUCUAGUUUACUUCCAAGAGAGAUUGAAAAUCUCAAACUUUUGAACGAGCUAGAUGUAUCUCAUAAUCAUCUUUCAGGUAACAUUCCAAGCAACCUUGGUGGUUGUACUAGCCUUAACCUCUUAUACAUCAAUGACAACUUAUUUGACGGCAUGAUACCACCAUCAUUAAGUUCCAUGAGAGGACUGGCAGAACUCGAUGUUUCUCAUAAUAAUUUAUCGGGUCAAAUUCCUGGGUUCUUAGAACAGUUAUCCUUAGAAUAUUUGAACAUAUCGUUUAACAAUUUCCAUGGUGAAGUACCAGUAAAAGGAGUAUUUGCUAAUGCAAGUGCAUUAUCCAUUUUGGGCAACAAUAGGCUUUGUGGUGGCUUGGUUCAACUUAGUUUACCCAAAUGUAAGAUGGUAGAUAAACAUAACAAAAAGUUCACAUUGCUCAUUAUAGUUAUGUUAGUUUCUUGUGUGAUAUUUUUCAUACUAUGUUUUGUCUACACUUACUUCAAAAAGAAAAAGAAUCGCCAACCGUCUCAAUCAUCCAGGAACGAAAGGUUCUUAAAAGUUUCAUAUGAUCAACUCCUCAAGGCUACUGGUGGCUUCUCUGAAACAAACUUGAUUGGCCAAGGGGUCUCAAGCUCUAUUUAUAAAGGAACCUUUGAUCACGAUAACACAUUAGUUGCAGUAAAGGUUCUACAUCUACAUAUACAGGGAGCUCACAAAAGCUUUAUAGCGGAGUGUGAAGCAUGGCGGAGUAUACGACAUCGGAAUCUUCUGAGGAUAAUAACGUCAUGUUCAAGCAUUGACUUUCAAGGAAAGGAUUUCAAAGCUUUGGUUUACGAGUUCAUGCCCAACGGGAGUUUACAUGAUUGGUUGCAUUCAAAUGCAAAUACAUCUAAACUAGACCUACUUCAAAGAAUUAAUAUUCUCAUUGAUGUUGCAUCUGCACUUGAUUAUCUUCAUAAUCAGUGUUUACCAACUGUUGUUCAUGGAGACAUGAAGCCUAGCAAUAUUCUGUUAGAUAAUGAAAUGGUGGCCCACGUUGGAGAUUUUGGUUUGGCUAAAUUUCUUGGAAUAAACUCAAACCAAAACAACUCGACUGGAGUUAAAGGAACGAUUGGAUAUGCACCUCCUGAGUAUGGUUUAGGGACUACAAUGACAACUAGUGGAGAUGUUUACAGCUUUGGAAUAUUAUUAUUGGAGGUUAUGACUGGCAAAAAACCGACAGAUGACAUAUUCAAUGAAGACCUUACCCUUCAUAAGUUUGUUUAUGAGGCCUCGCUUGAUGAAGUAAUCGAUAUUAUUGAUAGUAAUAUUCUUGUCAUGCAAAGUACUGAAGCAAAUGCACAAAAAAUGGAAAAGUGUUUGGCUUCAACUAUCAUAAUUGGAGUAUCAUGCUCUUUAGAUUCCCCAUCACAACGAAUGAAUAUCAACAGUGUUGUGAACAAGUUGUUGAAUGUUCAGGAUGCUCUUAAACAUCUUGAGGUGUAACACCAAACUUGCAUGGUAGAAUUCAAUAUAGUUGCCGUAAGGAGUUGCAUAUGCUA